AUGGACUUUAAUAUUGAUUUAACUAAUGCAAGAAAAGCCGUUUCUUUUCCUGUAGAAGAACUGACUCAUUUUAUAAAUGGUGGACCUGAAAAAACAGUUCGUCGUCGAUGGCUUCGUUCCUUAGUCGAUCCCAAAAGUGACCCAAUAUUCUCGAAUAUCGAUCGACCAUUUCUUUCAAGAGACAAAUAUUAUAUUCGAGUGGUGAAAAAAUUAAAAAAAAUGUUGCAACUAAAAAAAUUAUAUAGUCUUCAAAAAGAUGAUUGGAUUUAUUUGACUACUGCUACAAUGGAAAUGUGCAUUUCUAUUCCGCAUGAUCUUUUUUUUAUUCCAACCAUGGAAAGACAAAUGUCUGAAGAACAAAGCUCUAAAUGGCUUCCUUUAGCCAAGGAUUAUUCAAUUAUUGGAUGGCAAUAUUUAACUUCAAUAAUUUUGGAGACAACGGCUACUUAUAUUCAUGAAACAGAUGAAUUUGAAAUCCAUUCACCAACGUUGACAUCAAUAAAAUGGUGGCCCGGUGCACUUGCACGAACAAGCACUCAUGGUGUGGUGUUUGCGCGUCUAAUUAUUGACAAAAAAGAAUAUGGCAUUCAUUCAUUCAUUGUGCAAUUACGAUUCUUAAAGUUCACUCGAGUCCGUAUUCCACGAGAAAACAUGAUGAUGCGUUUUUCUAAAGUUUCCAGAAGUGGCCACUAUUCCACACCUCCUCAUAAAAAAAUUAUAUAUGAUACACUAGUAGCAAAUCGAACAGGUCUUAUAGAUAUGUCCGCUUUAUUUUUAUCAAAAGUUUUAACUAUUGCAAUUCGAUAUUCGUUAGUAAGAAAACAAGGAGACAACUAUAAAGAUUUAAACAACGAAAAUUUGAUCUUGGAUUAUCAAUACCAGCAAUAUAGAUUGUUUUCUAGCAUAGCGCUUGUGUAUGUUGUGUUUUUUAAUGGAAUGUUUACACGGAAAUUGUAUGAAAAUAAUCUAAAAAAUAUUGAAAAGAUGGAUGUUAGUUUAAUGGCAGAAGUUCAUGCUAUUUCGGCGGGACUAAAGGCUCUAUGCACGGAUUUGGUCACUGAAGCUAUAGAGGAUGCAAGACAAAGUUGUGGAGCUUGCUUAAAUAUAGGCCAUGGAUAUUCACAUUUAAGUGGGAUACCUAUUAUACUGGAAUUCUAUGCGCAAUAUACAAGUGCAGAAGGUGAAAAUACAAUUAUGCACUUGCAAACGGGACGUUAUCUUUUGAAAUCUUUCUUAACUGCAAAAAAAGGUUUCCCGAUAGGUGGUCAACUAAGGCACCUUUCUUCUUACUCCAAAAUACUUAUGGAAAAAUGCACCGCUGAAACAUUAGAAGACCUCUUAGAUGCUGAAACUCAACUUCGCGCUUUUUGUCACAUGUAUUUACGACUUUUAUCGAACCUCGAUAACAGCAUUGAAAUAUCUGUAGCAACACAUCCACAUGGUUAUGAUGGUUCAAAAGCAGAUCAUAUGAUUGAUAUUAUUCAUUUGUCUCGUGCAUAUUGUUAUUAUACAACUUUAACUAAUUCACACGAAGGAUUACAAUCGGUAAAAAAAGAACGGCCAACCAUAUAUCCAAUUAUUCGCACAUUAAUCGAUCUUUAUUUUAUUAAUACGGUUAUCAACCAAUCUGGAGAUUUUCUGAUAGAUGGAUACUAUACACCGCAUCAUAUUUCACUUUUGAAAGAAGGACAAAAGAAAUUAUUAAAUAUUAUUAGACCUGAAGCUAUAGGUUUAGUUGAUGCCUGGGAGUUUAGUGAUAAUGAUUUAAAUAGUGCGUUGGGAAGGGGAGAUGGAAAUGUUUAUAGAGCCUUAUACGAAUGGGUUAAAAUGGAACCCACAAAUAUUUCGGAAAGACAAGGAAAUAUUGUUGGCUACGAAGAAGGACUAAAAGAUAUUUACACUGGAAAAUAUUUAAAAGAAAUUGGAAUAGAUACUGUGAGACCUAAACUAUAA